ACGCCCCCGCCCCGCGGUGGGCGGUGACCCGCGGCCGGGCGGCGAGCCCCGCAAUGCCCAGGGACCGCGGCUCCGGGGGAGGGGGCUUGACAGUGCUCCACGAGCCUCACUGGGGUCCAGUCCCAUGAGGCCUGCGCGCCGCGGGACUGAAGCCAGAGGACGGCGGAGGGCCACCGCUCGGCCGGCCCGCGGCUCCGGGGAAGGCGCAUGAGGCCCAGCGCGGCUCCGGGGAUCUGAGGGCUCUCUCGGGGCGUCGGGCUCCGGGCCGCCACCGCCACCUGGGCCCCUGCCGGCGCCGGCGCCGUUCCCGCCCACCCCUCGCCAUGUCCGAGGAGCUCUCGGCGGCCACGUCCUACACGGAAGAUGAUUUCUACUGCCCUGUCUGCCAGGAGGUGCUCAAGACGCCGGUGCGCACCGCGGCCUGUCAGCACGUUUUCUGUAGAAAAUGUUUCCUGACUGCAAUGAGAGAAAGUGGAAUACAUUGUCCCCUAUGUCGUGGAAGUGUGACUAGAAGAGAAAGAGCAUGUCCAGAACGGGCCUUAGAUCUUGAAAAUGUCAUGAGGAAGUUUUCUGGUAGCUGCAGAUGCUGUUCAAAAAAGAUUAAAUUCUAUCGCAUGAGACAUCAUUACAAAUCUUGUAAGAAGUAUCAGGAUGAAUAUGGUGUGUCUUCUGUCAUUCCAAACUUUAAGAUUUCUCAAGAUUCAGUAAGGAGCAGUAACAGGAGUGAAACAUCUACAUCUGAUAAUACAGAAACUUACCAAGAGAAUACAAGUUCUUCUGGGCAUCCCACCUUUAAGUGUCCCUUAUGUCAAGAGUCAAAUUUCACCAGACAGCGUUUGUUGGAUCACUGUAAUAGUAACCAUCUAUUUCAGAUAGUUCCUGUGACAUGUCCUAUUUGUGUGUCUCUUCCUUGGGGAGAUCCUAGCCAGAUUACUAGAAAUUUCGUUAGUCAUCUAAAUCAGAGACAUCAGUUUGAUUAUGGAGAAUUUGUGAAUCUUCAGCUAGAUGAGGAAACCCAGUAUCAAACUGCUGUAGAAGAAUCUUUUCAAGCAAACAUCUGAUUUGAGUACACAUUUCUGCAUCCUUGUACCUACAAGUGCCAUCUUUAAGGGGAAGACAACAUGAAGUCACCGUUUGAAUAAUUUGCUGUGCAUAUUAAUAAAAAUAAUAAUUCAGUCUACUGUAUUAGGUUUUUAAUUGAAAUUAAAGGUGGGCCACCCUAACUCCAUUCUCUAGACAGUUACUUUAACAGCAUGGAAAUGGUUCUAUUUUACUUGUGUGGUGAAAAGGGAAUUCCUGUUGUCUUUUUCUUCCUUGUGUUACAUAUUCUGAAUGUUUCAUUAAGUUGUUUUUGAUAUUUUGAUGCAGUUCCUUCUAUUUACUUUAGAGGUAACAGUACUUUAUUACAAAGGUAACAGCAAAUUCUAAAAGAUGUGAUUCCUAUAAAAAUAAUAAGCCUGAGCCAUUUGUCAGAACUGCAGAAUGGAAACUUGAAGUGCUAAGUGGGAUAAUCCAAAGGGAUUUUUUAAAGAAUAGAUUCUAGCUGAGGAAUUCAACAAUAAGAAAAUUGUAUUUAUGUAAUGUUUUGUAUUUUUGAAGACUAGUGAAAUUUCUAUAAUAAUUUUGACUUUGAAAGCAUAUUGUACAAAUGUUUCUUCUUUUGCUAUUAGAUGAACAUAUCAAAAGAAGAGAAAAAAGUUUUCUUUGGUGGUUAGUUUGUUAUUUCACUCUAGCUUGAGUAAUUUGUAAGCCUAAAAUGAGUUGUAUGACAGUUCUUUGUAGUCAGUAUUUCUCACUAGCUGAUGAAACUUUCAGUUUGUGAUGAUAUAUUACACUUAAAUUAGUUUUUUAAAAAUCCAAAGUUGAAGAUGUAUGUGGAGAUAUGUACAUACACUUUUGCAUGUAUCUAUGCACAUAUAUCUUUACCUAGAGUUUGUCAGGUUAUGUAUAGAAUUUCUAUUAAGAGUUUUAAUAAUGGGCAAGCAAUAUAGGAUUGAAGUAUUUAUCUCAUUUGAUUAAAAUUUUGUAUGUUACCAGAUUUU